CGUGAGGGGAGGAGGAAGCGGAAGCGGGGACGGCAGAGCCUGAGCCGGAAGCGGAAGCGGCGGCGAGCGGCUUCCUGCCUGGGCAGCGGCGGAGGUCGGAGCUGGGGGCCGCGCUCGCCCGGGGCUGCGGCGGCGGCCGCGGGAGGAUGAGGCGGGCAGAAAUGAAGCACGGGAAAUCAUCACAUCCAAAGGUAAGGGAUCUCUUGAUCUCGAGGAGUAACCUUGAGAAGUGUCCCUGCUUAGGGGGAAGAUCCUGGCAUGCAGCCUGCCGCAGUACAGGAAGCUCAGCGGGCUCUGGACUCCCCUGUUUAUGGGGAUUUACUUGGAGUAAAAGAUCACUGACUACUACAAUGGAAAAGUCAUGGAUGCUUUGGACCUUUGUUGAAAGAUGGCUACUAGCUUUGGCUUCCUGGUCUUGGGGUCUCUGCCGUAUUUCUCUUUUACCUUUGAUAGUAACUUUUCACUUGUAUGGAGGCAUUAUACUACUCAUACUGAUAUUUGUGUCAAUAGCAGGUAUAUUAUAUAAAUUCCAGGAUGUGCUGCUUUACUUUCCUGAACAGCCCUCUUCAUCACGUCUUUAUGUUCCCAUGCCUACUGGUAUACCACAUGAAAAUAUCUUCAUCAAAACCAAAGAUGGAGUUCUUCUCAAUCUUAUUCUGCUGAGAUACACAGGGGACAAUGCAGCAUAUUCUCCAACCAUCAUUUACUUUCAUGGCAAUGCAGGCAACAUUGGCCACAGGUUGCCAAAUGCUUUGUUAAUGCUGGUGAACCUGAAAGUAAACUUAAUCCUUGUUGAUUAUAGAGGGUACGGAAAAAGUGAAGGAGAAGCAAGUGAAGAAGGUUUGUACUUAGAUUCUGAGGCUGUGUUAGACUAUGUGAUGACUCGGUCCGAUCUUGAUAAAACAAAAAUUUUUCUCUUUGGCCGUUCCCUGGGGGGAGCAGUAGCUAUUCAUUUAGCUUCUGAAAAUUCCCAUAGGAUUUCCGCCAUCAUGGUCGAGAACACCUUUCUUAGCAUCCCACACAUGGCCAGCACUUUAUUUUCUUUCUUUCCAAUGAGAUACCUUCCCUUAUGGUGCUACAAAAAUAAAUUUCUGUCCUACAGAAAAAUCUCUCAGUGCAGAAUGCCUUCACUCUUCAUCUCUGGGUUGUCUGACCAGUUAAUUCCACCAGUCAUGAUGAAGCAACUUUAUGAAUUAUCCCCAGCUCGGACUAAGAGAUUGGCAAUUUUUCCUGAUGGAACUCAUAAUGACACUUGGCAGUGCCAGGGAUAUUUCACUGCACUUGAACAGUUCAUCAAAGAAGUAAUAAAGAGUCACUCCCCUGAAGAAAUGGCGAAAACGUCAUCUAAUGUAACAAUAAUAUAACUGAUAUUCUUCUUUGGGGUCGGGGGAGUACCUGCACUGUACCUUGGUUUGUGAAAAGUGGUGAAAGAAUGUCAAUUUUUACAUGUGUGUCAUGUCUGUACUUGCCUAAAGAGUGAAAUUAAAGUUGGAAAGGUCUGAUGCUUUAUUAAGAUGUUCCAGAUAACUUUUACAUUUGCAGCAUUGUAAAUGAACCAUUUUGUCUUUCUCAUACUUUUUUGAUAUGUCCAUAUAAUCCAUUUGUUUGAUAUGUACAACAGAUGCUAUUAAAAGAAAAAAAAAACUUGCUACAAGAGUAGUACAGAACAUAUUAGUUUAGAACAGUGGGAGGCUUCAAUGCUGUAUGUGUGAGCUUUUUGGACAAUCAUGGUUAGCACAAUGAUUUGUUGUUUCUCUUAGAGUUUAUUUAAAGUGUGCCAUGCAUGAGAUAGUGUUUUAUUCCUUGAAACUUUAUAUUAUGCAAGAUGGGAAGUCUUUAAUGUGCUAAAUAAUAUAAAAUAACAUUAAUGGUAGAGUAUACUUACAGGUAUACUAUCCUCAGUUAUUACUUUUUUUAAUGGUUAUGCAUACAUAUAUAGUUCAAACUGCAACUGAAGAGGAAAAGACACUUUCCCUGUUUUCAUUUUACUGUUUGCAUUUUAGUGUUGCCCAUAAAGUCAUAUGUGCCUAAACGUUAUGGCUGGUGGAUUUUGCCCAGACAAUUUCUUCACAGAAAAUAGAAGUAGCCCUUAAAAAAAACAGGCAGUUUAAUUUAACUUUUAAAGCUCUUGUCCACCCCAAGCUCACAUCAUUAACUUACAGUCAAACUAUUUAUUGCUGUUGUUGGCCUGUGCACUUGAGGUGAGAUUUCCCAGGCAGGAUGGUGUGUGUGAUAGAAGUAUCACGCAAGGUAAAAGUAUUCCAUUUGUGUUUGGGUUUAGGCUGGUUUAGUUGUAAGUCUGUGCCCUUUGUUUCUUUUGGAGGUAUAAAUAAAUCAAAUAAUUACCAAUGAUCACAUGAUUAGACAGUAACGUACACAGCUGUUACAAUGAGGAUAAUAUUUAGCAGACCUAAGUUUAGUUAAUCUGGGAGAGAACAUUUACUUUCAUACUUUUAUCCAUCUGCUUACAAAUCUUUUACAGUGAAGGUAGCCUAUGCAUUAGCAGUAGGACUGAGUUUUCUUGUACUGAGACUUUUGAAGGUCUCACCGUUUCAAACCAGCAAUACUUAAAUUGAGAGCUUGAUUGUGACUGAAUGUGGUUUUUUUGGCUUCAAAGUGUCCUAAUUCUGGGUAGUUAUAUCAAAGUUAUAUGGUAUUAGUUCAGUUUAUUGGGGUGUGUUGUGUAAAUCUCUUCUACAGGAUUAAUUGCUUAUCUGCUGCAGCUGAUAAUUUGCCUCUUCAAAAUAUUUUUAUGGGAAGGAACUGUGGAAAAUCUUCCACAAAAUCUGUACAAUUCCCCUUCAGAUUAAAUUUUUAAUUUUUUUUUUUUUGCCAUGAUGCCCUGAUUCAGAAAAGUAUCUCAGCACACACUUAAAAUCUGUUUCCUUAUGGACAGUGGUAUUUUAAGCUUGUGCUUAAGUUCUCUUGUUGAAUAAAACUAUUUUCC